AUGGCUGUUGGUGAUAUUAAUAUUAGCAAAUUAAUGGGUAAAUGGUUUGUGGUAGUUGAUACACCAAGCAUUCAUCAGGAGUAUUGUCCAAUAUUUUAUUUUGAAUUAUUGGAUAAAACACCUUAUACGGCAAUAUUUACGGUACGACAAUAUUCGCGAAAUACGGAAAAGAUUAAAAUUUUGGAAGGAUAUGGAAGAAAAAUGGGUCCAAAUCCGGCAGAAUUACUUAUUAACACUGGUCAUCCAGCUGACCCAUGUCCAUAUUCGAUAAUACGUAAUGGACCAAUUAAUGAUAAUGAUCAAUAUGAUUAUAUCAUUCUAACACAACCGCUGAAAUAUCCAAUUAUAGUUCUUGCACGUGAUCCGGUUGAUUUUGAAAAUAAAUAUAAGGAAGAGGUAAAAGGAUGA